AUGUGGCCGCUUGUCCUCAGUGCGCUCUUCUGGUUUCCCUUCCAAGAGGCCCUGCGGACUCCGCACACGGACACCGUCACUGUGGAGGAAGGCCAGCCGCUCACGCUCAAGUGUGUCACCUCCCUGCGGAAGAACGCCUCCCUCCAGUGGCGGGCCCCAUCGGGGUUCACCAUCUUCUUCAAUGAACAUCCUGCUUUGAAAAAUUCCCAAUACCAGCUUCUUCAUCACUCGGCCACGGAGCUCUCCAUCCGGGUGCCCCACGCCAGCCUUCGGGACGAGGGCGUGUACACCUGCUUGCACUACAGCCGCCGCGUGAGCACGCAGAGCGUGAAGGUGGUUGUGCUCGCCACCCCUUUCAAGCCAACCGUGGAAGUGUCCGUUAUCAGAAAGCCAAACGGAGACUCCGAGCCGGUGCUCAGGUGCUCCACCCAGGGAAGCAAGCCCCCUCCGCAGGUCACCUGGAGACUGGGGGACGGCCUGGAAGUCUAUGGUGGGACCCGCCAUGAAUUUGGCCCGGACAGGAAGAAGUGUAACACCACCAGCACGCUCACCAUCCACCGCGCAGACAGCAGCUCACGGGUGAGCUGCGUGGUCCGCCACGCGGGGCUGCGAGGGAGCGCGCUGGUCACACCCGCCCCGCUACAGGACUGGGAACAUUAUACAAAUCAACCCGCUAUCCGUGCUCACCAACAGAACCCCAAAGAGGAGGAGGAGGAGGCCGUGGGCGCCGCCGUGUGGCAGAUGAGGGGAGCGGAAGGCUGGAUGAAGCAGGGCUCUGCUGCUGAUCAAGGGACGGCAGCAGACGAGCCGCAGGGAAGCCCUGUCUCCUCCCGCCAGCCCCAGCUCGUCACGGCUACCGUCUCCGUGAUGGAACAUUCCAGUACAUCAGAGCCCGCCCAGGACAAGGGAGACUCCGGCUUGACCACGGAGGGAGACCCUCAGCCUGCGGGGGUGGUGAGGAGGAAGAGCGGAAUUCUGCUGCUGAGCCUUGUGUCUCUCCUCCUCCUCCUCCUCUUCAUCAUUGUCCAGCUCUUCAUCAUGAAGCUGCGGAAAGCCCACGUGAUCUGGAAAAGGGAAAAUGAAAUUUCAGAACACACCCUAGAAAGUUACAGAUCAAGGUCAAAUAAUGAAGACACAUCUUCUCAAGAGAAGAAUGACCCAAGUAAGUCAAUCUGCAGGCCUGGGGUUUGGGGAUAUUUUGAUGUACUGAGCACAAUAUUUCUUCCAACAGUAAAUCAUUAGACUUAUACUGUGUCAUAAGAUCCAAAGGGCACAGGGCUUAGCACAAAAAAUAUUUGAUAAAUUUGUAUUAAAUCAACGAAUAUGAAGCUUUCCAUUCAAGUAGAAACAUUACAGUUCUUUUGAAUUGCUUCACUGUUAUUUUUCAAGCAAAAUAAUAAAGAAGAUGAAAAGAAUCUCAAUGAG